UACCUGGGCUGGGAGGGGCAAGGGAGGUGCUUCGUGCCAGCUCCACUCCCUCCCCCCACUUCCCCCGUCUCUGCCCUUUGCCCCCAGCUGGGAACCAGGCGUCUCUGCCGUCCCGGCGGGUCCCACAGCAGCGAAGGGCGAUGGGGCGAAUCCCCCACAGACAGGGCGGCCCUUGGACAGGGAUUUUCCUGGCAGCCUCCAUCCUGGGCUCCGGCCUCCAGCCGGCGCCGGCCCAGACCCCGACCCCAGUGACCAUCAUCCUCACCCCGCCAAGCCCUGCGGUGGGAGGGGGCGUCAGCCUGGCCCCGCAGCCAGCGACACAGGACUUCCUGUCCUGCAGCUGGUACCGAUCAGCGACCACUGAUGAAAACAGCCGGAUCCUCACCUACAUCCCAGGACCACCCCCUGUCCAGACCAAUGGCUCGGCCCACACGGGGAGGGAGACAGCGGGGCCGGGCUGCUCCCUGCACAUCGCGGGGUUAACGCUCAACGACACCGGGAGCUACACGGUGCAGAUCCAGAGCCCGACUAGCCCUGUCCUCGCCAUGGUGCAUCUGCCCGUCUCUGCCUCCGUCCUGGGCUCCUGCCUCCAGCCGGCGCCGGCCCAGACCCCGGUGACCAUCGUCCUCACCCCACCGAGCCCCGCGGUGGGAGGGGGCGUCAGCCUGGCCCCCCAGAAUCCGCCACAGGACUUGGUGAGCUGCAGCUGGUACCGAUCAGCGACCACUGAUGAAACCAGCCGGAUCCUCACCUACUACCCAGGACCACCCCCCGGCCAGACCAACGGCUCGGCCCACACGGGGCGGGAGACAGCGGGGCCGGGCUGCGCCCUGCACAUCGCGGGGUUAACGCUCAAUGACACCGGGAACUACACGGUGCAGAUUCUGAGCCCGACUGGCCCUCGCCUCGCCACGGUGCAUUUGCCCGUCUCCGCCUCCGUCCUGGGCUCCUGCCUCCAGCCGGCGCCGGCCCAGACCCCGGUGACCAUCGUCCUCACCCCACCGAGCCCCGCGGUGGGAGGGGGCGUCAGCCUGGCCCCGCAGCCAGCGCCACAGGACUUCCUGCUCUGCAGCUGGUACCGAUCAGACAACACUGAUGGAAGCAGCCGGAUCCUCAACUACAUCCCAGGAACAUCCCCCGUCCAGACCAACGGCUCGGCCCACACUGGGCGGGAGACAGCGGGGCCGGGCUGCGCCCUGCACAUCGCGGGGUUAACGCUCAGCGACACCGGGAACUACACGGUGCAGAUACAGAGCGAGACUAGCCCUGCCGUCACCAUCAGGGUGCAUCUGCCCGUCUCCGGAAUGCUGCCCAAGCCCACGGUGACGCCAAACCAAACCCAAGUGCUGGAGAACGGGAACUUCACCCUCACGUGUAACAGCUCCCCCAGCGCCGACACCGUGCUCUGGCUCCGGGACGGGGCGUCCCUCGCGCCCAGUGACCGGCUGGGGCUGUCCCCUGACAACCGGACCCUCACGGUGCUGGGUGUCACCCGGGGCGAUGCCGGCGCCUACCAGUGCGAGGUCAGGAACCCCGUCAGCACCAACCGCAGCGAGCCCAGCACCGUGACGGUGGCCUACGGGCCGGACUCUGCCAGGAUAGACCCGCCAGGACCCAUCGACCUGACCCUCGGGUCCCCUCUCACCCUGUCGUGCGUCGCCGACUCCGUCCCAGCCCCGAGCUAUCGCUGGGUUCUCAAUGGCACCAACACGAACGAGACCGGGACCAGCUUGACCUUUAACCCCACGACCUUAGAUCACCAGGGCACGUACGAGUGCCAGGCUCACAACCCAAUUACCAACCGCACUGCCAGGGCGUCUGUCGCCGUGCGGGUGACAGGGACGGACCCAGUCGCCCCUCGUCCAGGUCUCUCUGCCGGGGCCAUCGCUGGGAUCAUCAUCGGGUCGCUGGCGGGGGCCGCGCUGGUCGGAGUCGGGGCCUAUUUCCUCUACUCUCGCCGCCGGAACGAGACCCCCAAGGAGACCGGGGCACCCUACUUGGUGUACGAGAACCUGCCCCCGACAGCUGGGGCGGGGCCAGUGGCCCAGCCCGGGAGCCCCCCUGAUCCCAGCCCCACGUACCAGACGCUGCAGCCCCGGCAGCAGGACGUGUACGAGGAGCUGAAGAAGUGACGCCCCCUCCGGCCCCAAGGUGCAUGCUGGGAAAGGCGCGUCCCCGAGCCUGGUCCCGCCGCCCGGGGACGUCCCGCCGAUGAAGCGUUAAAGUUCAGGAACAGCCACCGCCCGGCCCGGGGGGUCCGUCCGUCCAGGCUGCUUCCCUGGUGCCCAUCACCGCAGCGUCUGGGCCCCUCCAAAGAAAUCAGAAACUCGGCACCUGUGAGUGGCUCUGGCUCCAUUGUGCCCAGCACAGUAUUUGGGAGCCCACCUCUGCCACCGGCUUGGGGACGUCUCAGGACCAAACACCCCCCAGCCUGGGGCACGUGCCCUGUUUUCUGCCCGCCUGACCUGAGCCUGGGGCGCUGAGCUGUGUCCCACCCCACGCCGCGGGAGCUCCCCACUGCACAGAGGGGCCCGGGCGGCUCAGUGACCAGCCUGGGUCCCACGGGGAGUCUGUGGGGCUGCAGGGACUCAGACCCGGGUCUCCCCAGUGCCCCACUGGUGCCCAAACCAGGGCCUGGGGUCCCCGCCCAGGGCUUACCCCCCACCCUGCCUCCAGUGCCCGGCCCUGCGUCUUCCCCUCCCUGGGGCAGUUCUCCCGUGCUGAGCUGUGAACAGCGAUGCCGACCCGCCCGGCUGGGACCCGGGACCCCUGGCAGAGGGCACAGGGCGCCGAGGGGCUCAUGGGGCCCCUGGCUCUGACAUCUACAGACCAGCCCUCAAAGGGGCUCGUGGGGUCCCUGCCCAGAGCUGGCAUCGCUGGGCACGGUGACCGUGGCGAGCCGUGUGCCCGGGGUCACGUCCGGGGCUGUGUGUCUGGCCUGGGUCUCAGGGGCUGGUUCCAGCCGGGCAGCGGGAGGCGCCAGGCCCGUCCCUGGCACACAGGAGGCACCGGGCCGUUCUCUCUGUGCCCGGCUCCGGGGCAGCUGGGUGGUGCCGAGCUCGCCAGGCGGCUGGUUCCACCCGGAGCCAGGCCCCAGCAGCGUCUGCCCCAGCCCCAGGGAAGCAGCCGGCAGGGAAAAGGGCCCAGUGCGGGGGGCAGGCGUUUCUGAGACAGACGCUGGCUUGGUGGGAGCUAUCGCGGGGUGCGGGGUGCACCCAGGGUCCUGCCCCGAGGGGAGCAGCUGCCAGCGGGUUUGUCUCCUGCAGGGGGCGUCGGAGCCCGGGCGGCUGGGAGCCGGAUGCUGGGGGGAGCUGAACCCGCAGGAGCUUCCAGGGGCGGGUUCGGGACGUCGGGACGCUGGGAAACGCGUCCCCAGUUUGUUCUCCAUGUUACCCAUUGUCCCGUUAACUCCAUGAGAACGUAAGAGCGGCCAGAGUGGGUCAGACCCAAGGUCCAUCCGGCCCAGUGUCCUGUCUGCCAACAGUGGCCAGUGCCGGGUGCCCCAGAGGGAAUGAACAGACCCGGGAAUCGCCCAGUGAUCAUCCCCUGGCGCCCAUUCCCAGCUCCUGGCAAACAGCGGCUAGGGACACCAUCCCUGCCCAUCUUAGCGAAUAGCUAUUGAUGGACCGAUCCUCCAGGAACUUAUCGAGUUCUUUUUUGAACCCUGUUAUAGUCUUGGCCUUGGGCUCCGGUCAAUAAACU